GAGAUUUUAAGUUCAACUUGACAAAUAUGCAGAAUAGAAAAUCUAAAAAGAGUGCGACAAACGCACUUAACUACGCAUAUAUAGCUGUGGUUUUCAGGCCAGCUGUUUCCUCUAUAAAAAUCCAUUACCGCUGAUUAAACAGGAAACAAAAGAAAAAUACUGUAAUAUCCCAAGGCUUUAAUUUUGUUAAUGUUCUCAGCAUGGUCUAAUUAAAUUCUUCACGAUACGUAGGAAGCAGGCAUGCAGAAAGUAAUUCGCUAUAGGUGCCGCAACUCAUAGUUACAAAACUGAUGGCAACGAGUGCUGCUCAGUGUUCGGGAAGGUCUCGCGGGAAGUCCCCUGAGGAGUGACGAUAGCUGAAACCGAUUACUCGGUGAAGAACCCGCUGCCACGCUCACCCACCACCAGACUGUCCGUUAUUACGCGGCCACCGCGUAAGCAUCAGCAUCGUAUCACGUCGCUCGUUGUAACGUAAGCUACUAUCUCUCGUAGUACGUCUGGGAGAACGCAAGAAUUCUUCUUUCCGACACUUGUCGCAGAACACAUCUUGCGUGCACAUCUUCCAUUUCCCGUUGAAGGACAGAAGCAAUAAGAGAUAGUCCCCACAUAGUAAAUGAGAAAGAAGAUACGGUUGACAAUUCCUGAUCAACAGUUUCUGCGGAUGAACAAUUAACGCAAGUUAACGCAACAAGCCCGGACAGCGUUGUAUAAUAACAGUUUGCGUUAUCGUUCUUCGAGACAUCUGUCAGAGAUAUCUGUCAAAUCGAGCUAAGUGUUUUAUUGAGUAGAGUUCGCGAGUGCCAAUGACGAUUAUUCGUGUUGACGAACAAUCGAAGAAGCAAGACCGGAAAAACAAGAACGGAUCCAUGAAACGUUGCGAAUUUUAUUCCAACAAAGGUGGCAAUGAGAGCGAUGUCGACGACGGUGUCAAGCGGUUCCACGGCGACGGGCUCGUUGUUAGGAUGCACUCGAAUCAUCGUACGCUCGAGAUUACAGGCGAUGGCUGCUGGAUUGUCCUGUCAAAGAAUUCUGGCAGUGUGCAUGUCGUCGGUGAUGGUUGCCGGCUGCACGUGAACCACAACGUGGGUGACAUCGAAUACACCGGCGACGGAGGUCGGGUGCUUCUCGGACCGGAAUCCUCGAAAGAGAAGGUAAAGUUUGUGGGCGACGGGGGAAAAGUGAUCCGCGACUCGAGUCUCGGAACGGAACCGAUCAAGUUAUCGAAGAAUCGAAGAAACAAGGAAACCAUAUGUGUACAGCACGUCACACGCAAGAUAGUCAGAAAAACUCCGAGAUGUGAAGAGUAUAAUGACAAACGCGUAAAAAAUCAAGAAAGCUUGGAAAAUAUGACGAAUGAGGGAAAGGAGACCACUCGAGAUAAAUGCAAAAUUAACGAGGAACAGCGAAAAUCUUCACGACAUCUUCCGACUAUCAAGAAGAUCAUUACGAAGAUUCAAAGCAACGAUCCGUGCGUGAGAAAACGCAUGGGCGACUCUUCGUUGAUCAUUAAUUUUCGCGGUGACAACUGUUCCAACAGAAAAUACAUUGGCGACUCUGGACACAAAUGCGGAGAUUCAAUAACGUAAACUGAUUCUUAGACGACGCUUGAAUGUUUAGAAUGUGUCUGUUCUUUAAAGAACAAAUGCAAUUUGAUGCGAUUGCAUUUGAUUGGAUAUAAGUGAUUGAAGAUUCUUUUCUUUCUGUUCGCCUGCAGUUCAUAAUUUAUUUUAAUUGUAUAAUGCAUUUUAAGGCGUUUUGUUUUAGAAGAAUUGAUGACAAUUAAAGUAAUUAAUGAUACAAUAUUACAAUAUUUUAAUUUUGUCAUCAAUUAUAGAUACGAUAUUAUGUAUGUUUCCUAUAUUUUUUGUAAUAGUUUUUAUUUAUUGCAAAAUAUUUCUCUAAAAUAUCUUAA